GGCUUGCUAAGUUUGGGGACUGGCUGAGGCCUUGGAGGAGUUCUCCCAAGAAAGAAGAGGCGCUGUCCCGAGCAGAAAUGGUGGAGGCCUGGUACAUGGAUGACUCUGCGGAGGAUCAGAGGAAACCGCACAGAGCCGAGCCCGAGCGCCCGGUCAGCCUGGAGCAGCUGCAGCAGCUCGGCGUCUUUUACUGGAAACUGGAUGCUGACAAGUAUGAGGAUGAUCCAGAGCUAGAGAAGAUCCGAAAAGAAAGAAACUACUGCUGGAUGGACAUAAUAACCAUUUGUAAAGACAAGCUGCCAAAUUAUGAAGAAAAGAUCAAGAUGUUUUAUGAAGAACAUUUACACCUUGAUGAUGAAAUUCGCUAUGUCCUGGAUGGAAGCGGAUACUUCGAUGUGAGAGAUAAAGAAGACAAGUGGAUCCGCAUCUUCAUGGAGAAAGGAGACAUGAUAACACUUCCAGCUGGGAUUUAUCAUCGCUUCACCCUGGAUGAAACGAACUAUGUUAAGGCGAUGAGGCUGUUUGUUGGAGAACCCGUCUGGACAGCAUACAAUCGUCCGGCUGAUCAUUUUGAAAUUCGAGGACAGUAUUUGCAGUUUCUGGCCCAAAGAGCAUAGUGAUGCUCCCCGGAGACUGACACACUACUUGGAAAAGGGCCAAACAUGAUAAUUAAGCAAUUUGUUAAUAGUUUCUCCUUUUCUUCCACGUCAAGGACUUGAUUUUGAGUUCUUUCCUUUUCAAAAUUGCCUUAUUUAAGAAGGGAAAAGUCAUUAAUUCAACAUGGAAUGAACUGAGAUUGAAGACAAAUCCUUACUUAAAAAAAAAACAAUAACUUUUUGUUUCUCUAAAUAUAAAGCAAGAAUUCUGGUUUGGGUUUCGUGGAUUCAGAUAGUAGAAAAUAUGUCCCUAAAAGUAAUAGAGUAAAAUCCUUUUUUGCUAAUAAUCUUUUAAAAGUAGGAUAUUAAUCCCAUCCCUGGCACUGUGAAGGAUAGGUGUUUAUGUAUCAGGUAAGCAUUAGAAAUUGGUUCUAAUUAAUUACUUAGUUAAUUAGAAAUCUCUUGAUUCUAACUCUGAACCUUUUGGAUGAAAGAUACUACAUGGAUUCAUUGUAUCCCAAGUUAUUAGUAUUUCUAUGACAUGAGACAUGUCAGGCACAUCUACUGUUUGCCUAUAUCCUACAGAACCAGAUCUUUCCAACAUUGUAAGAAAAUUUGCUUAGACUUUCCAGUGGAACUUUAUUGUUUUGUGACAUGGUUGUGCCUAAUUUGUUAAUUCUAUAGAAAAAUCAUCAUCAAACAGAAAUGAACAAUUCUUUGAAUAAGUGCCUUAUUUCCAAACAUUCAAAAUAUUUGGAAAUCUGUCUUCAUCUUGAACUUUUCAACAAGGCUUGUACUAACCAGGUCACAUUCCUGCCCUAAAAGAUGAGAAAAAGUGAAAGAUCAAGUUCAAUGAAUGUCUCUUAAAUUCUCUGUUUGCUAAAGUCAGCUGUCAGCUGAUCAAAUGAUUCUCUUAGGACCCAAAUACUCUCACUUACCUAAGUCAUUAUUCCAUGUAAAUAAUCAAACAGAAAAUGCUUAACUGCUAACUUUUUAAGAUUAGUCUUUUAAAAUGUCUUUUGUAAAGCAAAACUUUGUAAUUAUUGUAGAAACUGAACAUUAAAGAGAAUAGAAAUUCAAACA